UCCAUUACCACUCGAUCGACUCCCUCCUCGAUUCCUACCAUCCUUCCUGUCGCUGUACUACACACACUAGCCUCCUCACCUAGCUCACCAGCCUGAUUCAACAAAGGAUUUGAACAUGGACGCCAUCUCCUGCCUGCCGCCACCGGCCGCGCUCCUGGCCACCUCCUUCGCCGACGCCGCCAUCGCCCGCGCGCUCCACUUCUCCAUCUCCUCCGCCGACUCCGCCUCCUCCUCCUCCUCCCUCUCCGCGCCCCCGCCUGCUGCCUACUACGCGCCGCCGCACGUCACCACCACCUGCUGCGACUCCGUGCUGGUCGCCGACUCGCCGAUGGCCGGGCGCCGCCAGCACAAGCAGCAGCUGGCGCCGGCCGGCGGGCGCGCGGGGAAGCGCCGGUCCCGCGCGUCCAAGCGCGCCCCCACCACGUACAUCAGCACCGACCCCGCCAACUUCCGGAUCAUGGUGCAGCAGAUCACCGGCGUGCAGGCCGACAUCGAGAUGCUGCACCCGACGGCCACAACGGCGAUCGACGCGGCGGCGGCCGUGCUGAUGGCCGCGGACGCCAGCGCCAGCGCCACGGUUGGAGCGUAUGGUGGGAACCCGCUGCAGCUGCCAGUGCCAGGCGGCGACGAGGCGUCGGCGACGCUUCACCAUCAUCAGCAGCUCCAGCAGCCGUGCUUCCCGACGCUGGACUCGUGGAACGUCAUGUACGAGAGGAGCGAGCUGCUCUGAGCCAGCAGGCAGCAUCAGCCUCGGUUGCUAGAUGCAUUGCCGCCGGCGCUUCAUUAAUUUCUUUAAUUAAUUAGGACGUCGUAGAUGGCCGGAGCUGCUGAAGCUAGGUAUUACUGGGUAGCCUAGCAGCAGCAUGGCAAUGUGUUCUCUGUAUGCACAUGAGAUGGAGGACUGAUCGAUGGAGCAUGUGUAGUGUGUUGUACAGCAUGCAUCUGUGUCCAGGGUCCUAGACUCGUACGUAGUACGUGCUGUCAGCUUAGCUUGUUGUAUGGUUCACAACUCUGAAAUAUCAAUGAACUACUACUACUGAGCUAGCUUUUACAGUACUUAGUAA